AUGGUUAGAGCCAAGCUUCGUCUCCAGAUGUUUAAGAGAAACAGACCUUUUAAGGUAAAGCAAAGCAACAUUACAAUUCUAGAAAAUACUGGAAGGCUAAAAGAAAAAUUGGAAAAUUUUAUAGAAAACACAAAGGAUUUAGAUAUUAAAACCAAAUACAACACAUUCGAAGAACUAUUAAAUACAAGAGUGAAGAGUAACGCUAGUAAUAGAAAAGAAGGGAUAAAAUGGCUAACAAAUGAAACCAAAGAAUUGUUAAGAAACAGAGCCAUACUAACAUCGAUGGCCCAAAAAACAAAAGAAUCAAGGAAAGAUAUAGCUGACUUAAGUAAGAAAAUCAAAUCUAACAUGAGAAAAGACACCAAAAACACAGGUUAG